ACGGGCGAAGCUUUAGCAAAGCUGCUUGCGGAGCUGCCUGCUCGCUCCUUGGGAUUUACCGUCGGGAAAAGGCUCGGCACGGCUCGGGAAGGGCCCCCACCCCCGCCGCCACCUCUCCUCUUCUUCCUUCUCCUCCUCCUCUUCCAUCCUCCUCCCCAGCCUUCCUCCAUCCUUCUCCUCCCUAACCCUCCUCCAUCCUCCAUCCCCGCGGGCGCUGCACGCCGAGCCCCAGCCCGCCCCCCCUCCCCCCCCACCUUAUUGGAUAUACCGGGUGCUGGUGGUGUGCGUUUUGGGGGAGGGGGGAAAGAUCCGUUACCCCAGUUGCUGUCUGGUCCCAUGUGAACUGGAAGGCACGGCUAUGCUCCUGGGGACACCGCGCUCCUCCAAACUGAGCCGUAGGUACUGGCCGCUACCAUGACUGAUGGCGAGAGCCGAGAGCCGCUGCCGCGCCCGGCCGGGGGCGAAGUGCGGGUGCCCAUCGCCGCUGCUCCGCGCCGCCCCGCCGAGCACCCAGCGCCGGAGGAUGCCACCGGUUCCGGCCCCUCCGGUUCUCCCUGCCGCGAUCCACCGCCCGACCUGGCCUCCGAGGAGGAGGAGCAGGUGCCUUACCCGGCGCUGGCACCCACCGCUUUCUUCUGCCUCAAGCAAACCACCCGCCCGCGCAGCUGGUGCCUCAGGCUGGUCUGUAACCCAUAUCCUUUCCCCGAGGGAUACUGCGACCCCCUCCCCCGGUAGAUCGGGAAA